GUGGUCCCUUUUAUUUCGAAAAGAAACGAUGACGUUUAGACACGAGGACAGCCACUCCAAUAAAUUGUGUUUGUUUUUCCUUUCUUCGUUUGGUUGGUGAAGAAUUACAGAAGAAUUGGAGGGAAAAGAAGAGAGCAAUGCCAGUGUCAAAACCAGAAUCGUGUGAUUCCAGGGUGAUUGCUCAUGUCGACAUGGACUGCUUCUAUGUUCAAGUGGAGCAAAGAAAGCAACCGCAAUUACGGGGUUUACCUACUGCUGUUGUACAGUACAAUGAAUGGAAAGGAGGGGCUUUGAUUGCAGUCAGCUAUGAGGCGCGUUCUGCUGGGGUGAAGCGCUCAAUGCGUGGCGAGGAAGCAAAGGAGGUUUGCCCACAAAUUCAGCUGGUCCAAGUGCCUGUAGCCCGUGGUAAAGCUGAUUUGAAUGGAUACAGGAAUGCGGGCUCUGAGGUGGUAUCUAUUCUUGCAAGGAGAGGUAGAUGUGAAAGGGCUUCAAUUGACGAAGUGUAUCUCGAUCUUACUGAUGCAGCUGAGACAAUGCUAGCAGAAAAUCCUCCACAAAGCUUGGAGACGAUGGAUGAGGAAGCUCUUAAGUCACAUAUUCUAGGGCUCAAUAAUGAGGAUGGAAGUGAUGUGAAAGAAAACGUUAGGAAGUGGAUACUUAGGUGCAAUGCUGAUCACCGUGAUAAAUUACUAGCUUGUGGGAUUCUCAUUGUUGCAGAGCUUAGGAUGCAGGUUUUAAAGGAGACGGAAUUCACUUGUUCUGCAGGCAUUGCUCAUAAUAAGAUGCUGGCCAAACUUGCUAGUGGUAUGAAUAAACCUGCACAACAAACUGUUGUGCCUUUCUCAUCUGUAGAAGGACUGCUCGAUACCUUACCAGUAAGGAAAAUGAAACAGCUUGGAGGCAAGCUGGGGACUUCCUUACAAAUUGACAUGGGUGUAAACACCGUUGGAGAUUUAUUACAGUUUCCAGAGGAGAAGCUGCAAGAACGUUAUGGCAUAAAUACUGGUACUUGGCUGUGGAACAUUGCAAGAGGAAUCAGUGGAGAAGCAGUUAAGGGACGCCUUCUCCCCAAGAGCCAUGGUUCUGGAAAGACAUUUCCUGGCCCUCGGGCGUUGAAGACAGUUUCUGCUGUGCAACACUGGCUUAAUCAACUUUGUGAAGAACUCAGUGAACGACUUUGCUGUGACCUGGACCAAAACAAAAGGAUAGCACACACUUUAACUCUGCAUGCUAGAGCAUACAAGUCCAGUGAUUCAGAUUCUCAGAAAAAGUUCCCCUCAAAAUCUUGUCCACUAAGGUAUGGGACUGCCAAGAUCCAGGAAGAUGCCUUCAACCUAUUUCAAGCUGGAUUGCGCGAAUACAUAGGAUUGUAUGGUGUGAGGACUCAAGGAAGUGAUCACAGUGGAUGGGGAAUAACAUCUCUUUCUGUUUCAGCGAGUAAAAUUGUUCCCAUACCAUCUGGCACACGUUCAAUUGCAAAAUAUUUUCAUGGCCAAUCUACAUCCCUGUUUUCUUCAAUGCAAUCGCCUGAUAACCUCAACAUUGAGACAACACUUUUGUCACCCCCUGGUAGUGAAAGCUACUUGGAGGUGAAUUCACCUAAACCAAAAAUUCAUUUUCCUGGUGAAGAAAGCUGGACUGAGGAUACCAUGCCUGGUUUGGAUCUGCAAGAACAGAAAGUGAAUGUCGUGAAAGAUGAGGAUCUGUCUUGCUCUCUAUUAAAGAAGACACAAGAUGGCUUCACCCAGGAUAUUUCACCAUUGUUACUCUCAGGGUGCUUCGAACAGAACCAGAAUAAACAACAAAGAGUGUUCUCUAAGGAUGAAAGUCAGUUUAAGUCAGAACACAGGGAGCAAAAAGGAAAAAGAUUGAAAGACAAGGGAACAUCUUCAAUUUUGAAACUUUUUAAGAGCUACAAUCCCUUGGGCUCUUCUUCUUCUCCAGAGCACAAUAAAACUGUCCAAAGCACUGAUGCUCAAUUAACCACCGAUUUUCAGGCCAGAUGUCAUAGCCUUGCAGAACUUAGUGAUGUCAAACUGGUAAAGGAAAGUCCUACAAAUAGUUGCAGUUACAGUAGAGAUAAGGAUGAACGAAGAAGGGAAGCAUGGAGUUACAAACUUGAUGAAAUUGACCCAUCGGUGAUUGAUGAAUUGCCACCGGCCAUCCAAGAUGAAAUUAAAGCCUGGAUGCAGCCUCGUAAGCGGCCUAAUAAUAUAGUCAAGCGAGGUUCUAUAAUCUCUCAUUAUUUCUCACCGACCAAAAAGUCAUAAGAAAACAAUGAUGAUAGGAUCUGCAUCUUUUUUAAUCGUAAACAAUGAUUUGAGAACAGGAUGAGAUCAACACCAAAUUAGGAGGUAUGAUAUCUUCUGCCAAGUAUAUGUUUAACGAUAGGCCCAGACCAUAUAUGUCAUCCAAAUUUGAAUCAUCCUAUUGAACGGCACCUAGACCUUAUUGAUGGUUAAUGUGGCCGUCCUUUAGGUUGAGGCUGUUGGUCAGCCAGGCUUCUGGAUUCUCUAUGCUAUGGUCCUUCCUUGUACAAAGUAGAAAGCCACUUUGUAUAUGUUCAUUUGUUAGGUAGGGGGGAAUGGUUUGUGCACUCUGGUGCAUUUCUUCAAGCUCUGUAAAGUUGUACCACUAUUAGGCUUAUCAUUCAAAAGCCUGAGCAUGUGUCGUUCUCUCAAUACCAAUUUUACGAAUUUCUCUUCAAUCUAUACCUAUGAGCCGGAGCUCUGAGAGUCUGAGACUGCAGACCGAAAAGUAAUACAAGUAGUUAGUAGUUGUACUAGUAUUUAAGAUAUGCGUGUUGCAAGCUGCCAUGUAAAUGUCACAUGCACCAUGUCAGCUGACUAAAGUGGUAAAUAAUUAUUAUUAUUUAUGUAGAGAAAUCGUAGAUAUAUGCGAGGCUGCCGCUUCAUCAGUCAUCACAUUCACAAUUCACAUGCAUGUGAACGUAGAUAAUUAAUUACAGGGUGUUUUCUUAUGUUUUUGUUUAUGCCUGGGACUCGUAACUGCAAAUGAAGGAAUGUCUGCUUCCACUUAACCUUUCCAUGAAUCAAACACGGUGGAGCUGGCAAAAUGCCUUGAUGCCCUAAAAGCUCAAAGCACAACGGGAAGACUGAUAUUCUAACUUGUAUGUUGGAUUUGGUCGUCUCGCUCUAAAUUCCUCCUUUUUUUGGGGGGGCGCGAUAAAGGUAUAA